AUGUCAAGUGAUGAAGAUAGUGAUUUCGGAGUAAAAAUUUCUCCACAACCAUUAGUUGCUUCUAAAUCUUCCUCAGAUACUAAACUACAUAUAAAACCGGCUAAGAAACAUGGUAUACCCACUACAACUUCCACUACUCAAGAUAUAUUCGUCUAUGUACCUGAUCUACCAAUGGACUAUUCAGAAAGUGAUCUGGAAGAAAAACUUCAAACUUGUAUUGCGAAAAGUGGACGUAUGAAAAUAAAGAAUAUUAAAUGUUAUUUAAACCUCAGUAUUGCUGUAGUAGAAUUAACUAAUAAAGAAGAUCAAAGAUAUCUUCUUUCGGAAAUUCCCUCGAUGAUAUUUGAUAAAGAACGUGGAAUAAAUAUUUCGUUUGUCAAUGAACUCAAUUUUGACUCUUACAUUGUAUUAGAUCAAAAUAUGACGAAGAUUCCUUCUACCGAUGAAAUCUCUCGUCGUUAUAUGCAAGUAUAUAAAACACCAGAUCAAUAUGUCUGUGAACCCAUUUCUGCUCAAUUUUCAAACAUUUUUCGCAUUUGCUUAACAACUCUUACGGAACUUGUCACCGUUGCUGAUUCAUCCAGUUUCAAAACAGGAAAUACUAUCGCAAAAGUUUUUCCACGUGCUGAUUGUUGUUUUUUCGAAGAUUUACCUUCAAAUACAAAUAACGAGAAAUUAUCGAACGCUGUGGCUGUACAAAUUGGUGAAAGUAAACUUUCUUCCACUUCUUUCUAUGUACAGCAUAAUAAAGAAACAAGUACUGCCGUUGUGUUAUCAACAAAAUUAUCGAAAAAUUGGAAAAGUCAAGGUUUUAUCGUCCUGGAUGGUCGAAAUCUCUCGAAAAAAGUCAAACUUACAUAUCGAGUUAUUGUCUCUCCUUUUCCUCGUGAUUAUGAUGUCAAUCGUAUUCUUCAGAAUAAAUUAUUUGCAGGUCAUUAUCUUAAUCAUUAUCUCAGUGAUGAUCACCUUAUUAUUGAACUUAAUAGUAUCGAUAGUUACGAGAAUUGUCUAGCAAUUGGCGCUAUUCGUAUUGAUAAUGUGACGAUGACUAUCAAACCACAUACGAUUGAUAGUAAUCCAGAUCAAUGUGAAAUUAGUGCAGAAAAUUGGUAUGAAACAUCAAUGCUGGAUACUAAACCAGAUAUAACCACAAUUAUCAAUAAUCCUCAACAUCCAAUUCUUCAUUAUAAAUGGAAUGCUCAAAAUUGGCUUGAGCAAUUUAACAAAGCACAACAACAGAGAAAUCAAAAUGCUAAAUAUGAUCGUAUUUUACACUUAUUACGAGUAACAGUAAUGUUAAAUACGAUUGCUACUAUUCGAAAAAAGAAAUAUAUUGUUGAUGGUCAAGAAAUAAGAUUGAAUUUAAAACGUUUGAAAACAAUUGGAUAUGAUCAUCGAUCCAAAUUAUUCCAUGGAAAAUGUAUUAUGCAAACAGAUUUUAAAACUCCAUAUGAAUCAACCAUAGUUCAUGUGGUUAACGAAGACUGUCUUAUACUUUAUGAAAAAUUAGUUUCUCAAGGAUAUAAACCAUUAUUAUUGAAUAUGGCUAAUGCAGUUACUCCAGGGGGUGGCUAUCGAAAAGGUGAUGGAGCUCAAGAAGAAAAUCUUUUUCGUCGAUCUGAUUAUUAUCAAAGUCUUGAUUUUGAUGUCGCGGAUAAAGAUCAAUCCGAACCACUUUUUUGUACGGAAAAAGGUGCAUUUAAACGACCAACUGGUUAUCGUGGUUUUUAUCCAAUGGAAUUAUUUGGUGCUAUUUAUACAUCCGGUAUAACUGUCUUUCGACAGCGAGAAAUCGAAGAAGGUUAUGCCUAUAUGAUUAAGCCACUUUCUAAUGUUUGUUCGAUAGCAAUAGCAGCAUUUCGAGAUCCAGAAUUGAAUAAAAAUAAAAUGUUAGAAAACAAAUUUGCUGUUAAUACACAUAAGAAAAUUGAAAGUAUUUUUGCUAUUGGAUAUCACCAAAACCAUGAUUGUUUAGUUUUAUCUGCUCUUGGUUGUGGUGCUUUUAAAAAUCCCCCGGAACAUAUUGCAUUACUUUUUAAAUCUGUUCUUACUCAAUAUGCCGGAUAUUUUAAAGAAAUUUAUUUUGCUAUUAUUGAUGAUCAUAAUACUGGAAAUAAGAUUAAUCCAAAUGGAAAUUUUCUUCCUUUUCAAAGGUUAUUGGAUAAUCAAAUUUUUUAUCCGCCAACAAUAUUACGUAUGAACGGAGUCAGCGGACCCUAUCGUAUUCUGAAUAAAACUUCGAAUGGACAAUUAACUCUUAGUGAUGUACUCAUCGUACAUAAAUCUCCAUGUCAUCAUGGAUCAAAAUGUCAUGAUCUUCAAAAUACUCGACAUUGUGAGGAAUUUUCACAUCCACACGUAUGUUCUUAUCAAAGUGCUGAAUCACCAUGUAAAUAUAUGGAUGAUGAAGUUCAUAGGUUUGCAUUUCAACAUAAUAGUAAAUGUAAAUAUGGUGGUGAAUGUACAGAUAAUGAUCCAAAACAUUUAAAUGAAUAUGAUCAUCCUGAUAUGUGUAAAGAUGGUAAUUAUUGUAUAAAUACAACUAAAGAUCAUUUAUUUGCUUGUCGUCAUUUACCCAUUUGUCGAUAUGGAAUUAAAUGUAUGGAAUAUUUAAAAAGUCAAGCUGAUCAUUGUAAUGCUUAUCGUCAUUGUAAAACCAUCUGCUCCUAUGAUAAUUGUUGUGUUCAAUUUCAUGAUAAAGAACAUCUAGAAAAUACAAUCCAUUCCUUUCGACCACCUUGUCCAUUUACGCCAUAUAAUUGUCAAAUAUUUGUUACAUAUAUGCAACGUCGUUCAGGAGAGACGACUACUCGAUAUAUUGAAAAUCAUUGUUUACAAUAUUCACAUGUAUGUCCAUUCGGUCGUUUAUGUACAACAAAAGAGAAUGGACAUUUUCUAACUUCGAUUCAUAUUGCUCGUCAACUUUGUCCUGAUGCAGAUCAAUGUCGGAAACUAACGGAUGAAGAACAUUUACAGUCUUAUUCUCAUCCAAGUAUACGAGAUAUUCGUCUCUUUUGUCGAAAUCCAGGUUUUAAAUGUCACCAUCGAUCUGAUAAUCAACAUAUACGAAAAUAUCGACAUGGAGCAAAUCAUGAUCAUUUAAGUGUUGUACCAUCGAGUAAUUUUAAUUCAUCGAUUAAUUUUGCACGUAAUCAAGGUGCAAUAAUUCGAAGUCUAAAUGCAUUCAUGGAUACAUCAGGCAUGAAAAGAAUGCAAAUAUCUCAAGAAAUACUCAAUUGGGUACGAGCAUUACAACCUGUACAUCGUUGCAGUGCACCUAUUUUUGAAUCCAUUCUUGUCCUUGGCCAUGUGAUGAGUCGUCAUUUUAUGGAACUAUUAAAGAAACCUAAACAUGUUGCUAAAGCUGUGUUACAACAUAGUCGAAUACGUCGAAUUUUGCUAGAACAUAACAUUCCUGAAGUAAAACAAAAUGUUCAUGAAUUAAUUAAACUUUUAGUUCAAUCAGAAUUUGCAAACGUAGGAGCUGAUGGAGUAUUACCGGUAGACGCUGAUCACGAUGAUAAUGUUAAGACUGUUGAAAGAAGAUUAAAGCCACCACUAGAUGAUCAUGACAUUAAAGUUAUACAUGCAUGGGCAGUUGAAAUAGCUCAAGCAUCGAUUGCAUUGACUUCUAAACCAAUGGGAAUUGGCUAUGAUGUUGAUAAAAAAUUAGGAACUGAUAAACAUAUAUUUAGUAUAUUGGGACCACACCAUGGGUCUUAUUAUGGUGAUAUUGUUAUUAGUUUUAAACAAGAAAUCAUGUUUCAUCCGGAUGCAAAUUUUUCUAUUCAAGCUGGAACUAGUUUUUGUAGCGGAAAAGUUUAUACACAACGACCAUGGUGGAAAGAUUCAGGCAAUGAAGAUAAACAUAUAGAAGAUUUUCAUAAUGCUAAAUUACAUUGUUCUGUUCCACGUUAUGAAUAUGCUGCAGCUACUGAACUUGUUGCGAUUACUGGUCUAAAUAAAAAAUCAAUGGAUAUCGAUCUUGAUACUAUUAUUCAACAAUGGUCAACUGUCGAUUCACAUUUUGUCUUUGAGGGUCAUUUACCUCAAUUGAUUCCCCUGGAUUAUAUCGAUAAUGUUUACAUACCGAAAAAUUUAUUUCAAACAUUAAAGCCUGAAGCUCAACAAUCUGCUCGAGCAGUUUUUGGUAAUUCAUUGAUUCUGACUGAUCAUGUAAUCGAUCUUAGUUUAAUUCAACCAGGUGAUCUGGUUCCAUUAGAUGAAACUCGGAAACCUUAUAGAGAAUUUAUACUUGCAAAAAAUCGAGAAAAAAUUCUAGAAAGAAUGAACGCACCACAGAUUUCUCGUGGCAUUGUUAUUACUGUACCUGGUACUAAAUUUGAUGAUCAAAUUGUUAUACCAAUCACUAUUUCUCAAUCAUAUAAAUUAUACUGUCUAGACAAAUCUCAAGCAGCAGAUCAUCCUGAAUAUACAUAUAUUUAUUGGCAAGUCAUGAGUGGUGAUAUGAUGUUGACAAUAUCGAAUGAAAAAAUUCAAUCUUCUGAUAAAGAUCAAACCAAUUUACGAUAUCUUAUUUGUUAUGUGGCUGAAAAACCAUCUCAAGCGACCGAAGAUUAUCAUGAAAUGUUUUCAUAUUUAAACGAUGGUCAUCCUCUUCAACAUUAUAAUAAUAUGCAUACAGCUCGUUUUAAAGCUAAAUCUAAUGUGUUCUAUCGGGGUUGUAAUACCGAUGAUUUCUUUACUUUUUGUUUAAAAAUUACUUAUAAAACAAAUGAAGUAACAUUAUCACAUGCUGGUCCAAAUGGUAUUUAUAAUCAUCAAAAAAUAUAUUAUCGAUUCGAUAAAUCGAAUUUAGAUUUAUCUAGAUUAGAUUAUAUUCAUGUUAGUGGUGGAUCUCAAGAUGUUCCUAUACGUAAUUUAAUUAUUCGUCACGAAGAACUUCCUCAAUUACAUCCAGCAUUUGAUAAAGAAUAUAAAAUUGAUACUUCCGAAAUAAUCAGACAACGUCGAUUAUCUGUUGAUCAUAUACUCCCUGCUACUUAUUACGGUGGAGAACAUAGGGGAAAAAAAGAUACUUCCGGGUCAUCUAAAUCGCGACAAAUAGCUUCCGUUGAACCUUCAUUAAAAGUUGAAAAGCUAUCUGUUUUUCAACGAAUUAGAACCGCACUACUUUGCUCAUCUGGAACAGUUACUCUACCAAGGCCAAAUCUUCAGGAUGUUAGUCUACUAGAGUCUGCGACAUUACCUACUUGUCCUAAUUCUAUUUACUGUUUACAAUUAGCUGACAAAGAUCAUGCUAAUAAAUAUUUUCAUCCAUGUCGUUUUAAUGAAUUAUGUCAAAACAAAGACAAAGAACCUUAUCUUGUUCAUAAACAUCAUAACGUUCCUAAAUGCUCAGACGAUAAAAAUUGUUCUGAUCUAAUCAAUCCUGUUCAUCGUGCCCAAUAUCGACAUACAGGUUUAUCUGAUUAUCUUUAUCCAUGUCGCAAUCAAGAGAGUUGUUACGACAAAUCUACUAGCCAUCGAAUAAGAUAUUUUCAUGGCGAAGAAAUUCCUUCAUUUAAAAAAAAUAAAACAUCAGGCAAUGUUCGUGGUGGAAAUGAAAAAAGACGUCAUUUAAUUCCAUGCAGAUAUGGAGAUCAAUGUCGAUCGACAAAAGAUCCACAACAUAUAGCAAAAUAUUCUCAUCCAAGUUUGAUAUCAGCUAAUUAUGUUCAACCACUUCGAACAAAAACUUCAUCUAAUACUACUUUUCAAUCACAAACACCUGACAAUGUCAAUUCAGAUAUUUCUUCUCCAAAUACAAAUAUUCCUCAGUCUACUAUUCAAGGAGGAGAACAAGCAAUAGUCUCUUGA